CCGAUGUCAGGGUUAAGCUCUGCAGAUGAGUGGAGGAGCUAGAAAGAGGACUUCCUGUAUUCGGAGCCCCAUCCAAGUGCAGAUCUGGAGUGUGAGUGUGCGGCGAAUGAAUUCGAGUGUCCCUGCAGUAAAUCACCACUCCACUGUCCCUCGCCGUCACCUUCAAACCCUGCACCGUGCUAGCGGCUACUGCGAGUCAAACGCACCGCAGCCUGCGUGUCUACCUCGGGAUAGCACAGGCUCUGCAGAGCCGCUGUGAAGAUACGUCGGGCCCUAGCACUGCUGCAAGAAGGAUCGUUAAACAGCAAAAAAGAGGAAUUGAUUACCUACCUGCUUUUCUGAAGCGACUGAUGCACUUGAUGUGAUCUCUGUACUCCAAGAGGUAUGGCUGUUCUCAAACUCACUGACCAGCCCCCGCUGAUCCAGGCCAUAUUUAAUGGGGAUCCGGAAGAAAUCCGAAUGCUGAUCUAUAAGACCGAGGAUGUCAAUGCUUUGGAUUCAGAGAAACGGACCCCCCUGCAUGCUGCAGCCUUCCUGGGGGACGCAGAGAUCACAGAGCUCCUCAUCCUGUCAGGUGCCCGUGUGAAUGCCAAGGACAACAUGUGGCUGACUCCCCUGCACAGAGCCGUGGCGUCGCGCAGUGAGGACGCGGUGCGCGUGCUGAUCCGACAUUCUGCCGACGUCAACGCGCGUGACAAGAGCUGGCAGGCUCCGCUGCACGUGGCCGCGGCCAAUAAGGCACUGCGCUGCGCUGAGGUCAUCAUCAUCCCGCUCCUCAGCAGCGUGAACGUGUCAGACCGGGGGGGCAGGACGGCGCUGCACCACGCUGUGCUCAACGGACACGUGGAGAUGGUUAACCUGCUGUUAGAAAAGGGAGCUAAUAUCAACGCCUUUGAUAAGAAGGACAGGAGGGCACUGCACUGGGCUGCUUACAUGGGUCACCUGGAGGUGGUGUCGUUACUGAUCAACCAUGGAGCGGAGAUCUCCUGCAAGGACAAGCGGGGCUACACCCCACUCCAUGCUGCGGCUUCCAACGGGCAGCUCGGGGUGGUCAAGCAUCUGCUCAACCUAUCUGUGGAGAUUGAUGAAGCCAAUGCAUUUGGUAACACGGCUCUGCACAUCGGCUGUUUCAAUGGGCAGGACGCGGUGGUGAGCGAGCUCAUCGAUUACGGAGCCAACGUGAAUCAGCCCAAUAACAAGGGCUUCACCCCCCUGCACUUCGCAGCGGCCUCCACACACGGGGCGCUGUGCCUGGAGUUCCUCGUCAACAACGGGGCCGAUGUCAACGUGCAGGGUCGAGAUGGGAAGAGUCCCCUCCACGUGACCGCUGUGCACGGCCGCUUCACUCGCUCGCAGACCCUCAUCCAGAACGGUGGAGAGAUCGACUGUGUGGAUAAGGAUGGGAACACCCCUCUGCACAUCGCAGCCCGCCACGGACACGAGCUCCUGAUCAACACUCUCAUCACCAGCGGAGCCGACAGCACAAAGCGUGGUAUCCACGGCAUGUUCCCGCUGCACCUCGCUGCUCUCAAGGCUCACGCUGAUUGCUGCCGCAAGUUGCUCUCCUCAGGCCAAAAGUAUAGCAUUGUUUGCUCGUUCAGUAACGAGUUGGUCCUGUCUGCAGGCUUUGAGAUAGACACCCCGGACAGCUUUGGAAGGACCUGUCUGCACGCUGCGGCUGCCGGAGGAAAUGUUGACUGUGUGAAACUCCUGCUGAGCAGUGGGGCGGACUUUAACAAGAAGGACAAAUGUGGAAGGACCCCGCUACACUACUCUGCGGCGAGCCGUCACUUCCAGUGCAUUGAGACGCUUGUUUCCACGGGAACCUGUGUGAACGCAGUCGACGACUGGGGCCGCUGUGCCCUGCAUUAUGCAGCGGCCUCUGACCUUGACAGGAAGAGGCGCAGUAUUUUGGGGGAGACACACGGAGCAAUGGAGGAGAGUGAGGGAUCCCAGGAGGAGAGAGAGAAGGAAGCCUCGCUGUGUCUGGAGUUCCUGCUGCAGAAUGAAGCGAACCCGUCAAUCCGAGACAAGCAAGGCUACAGCGCCGUGCAUUAUGCUGCAGCCUACGGGCACAGGCACUGCCUCGAGCUGCUCCUGGACCGGGCCCACAGCAGUCCAGAGGAUUCAGGAUCUCAAGGUGGAGCGAGGAGCCCCCUGCACCUAGCGGCGUAUCACGGGCACGCGCAGGCUCUCGAUGUGCUGCUGCAGUCCGCGUCGGAUCUUGACACUGUGGAUGAGGGGGGCAGGACGCCGCUGUCUCUCGCUGCUCUACGCGGACACGCCGAGUGUGUGGAGGCUCUGCUGAGCCAGGGGGCCUCCGUCAACGUGAGGGAGAAGAGCCGAGGAAGGACACCUCUGCACCUGGCAGCAAUGAAUGGACACACGCUGUGCCUGCAGUUGCUGAUAGAGGGCGCUGAGAGUACAGACAUUGUGGACAUCACGGACUCCCGAGGACAGACCCCCCUCAUGCUCGCCGUGGCGAAUGGUCACAUGGACGCCGUGGAUCUGCUGCUGCUGGACAAGGAGGCGAAGGUGGACCGAGUGGAUUCACAGGGCUGUACUGCCCUGCAUCUGGGGAUCCUUACUGGUCACGAGGACUGUGUUCAGCUGCUGCUGGAGCAGGAGGCCUCAUACCUGUUGGGUGACUGUCGCGGUCGCACGGCUCUGCACUUUGCUGCGGCGAGAGGCCAGGCCUCGUGGCUCUGCGAUUUCCUACCAAACACCUUUUCCGAGGGGAACCCUGCGCUGCGGGACAGCCAGGGUUACACGCUGCUGCACUGGGCCUGCUACAACGGUCAUGAGAACUGUGUGGAGGUCUUGUUGGAACAGAAAGCGUGUCGCAGCUUCGAGGGGAACUCCUUCUCCCCGCUGCACUGCGCUGUGAUAAAGAAUCACGAGAGCUGUGCCUCGAUCCUGCUGGACACGCUGGGUUCCAGCAUCGUGGAGUGCAGAGACAUCAAGGGCAGGACCUCCCUGCACGCGGCUGCCUUCUCUGAUAGCGUGGACUGUGUGCAGCUGCUCCUGAGCCAUGGUGCUCCUGUCAACGGCGUCGACCAAUCAGGGAGGAGCGCUGUCAUGAUGGCAGCUGAGCACGGCCGGGCGGGGGCUGUAGAGGUGUUGGUGACGAGUGCCAAUGCGAACCUGAGCCUGAGGGACAAGAACAAGAACACAGUGUUACAUCUGGCCUGCAGUAACGGCCAUGAGAAAUGUGCCUUGUUGAUUCUUGGCAAGAUAGAGGACCAGAACCUCAUCAAUGCCACCAAUGCAGCCCUGCAGACUCCUCUCCACCUCGCUGCCAGGAACGGACUGAAGCAGGUUGUCCAGCUGCUCCUCUCUCGAGGGGCGAGCGUACAGGCACUCGAUGAGAACGGUCACACCCCAGCCUUGGCUUGUGCUCCUAACAAAGACGUGGCUGACUGCCUGGCCCUCAUUCUGGCUACCAUGAUGCCUUUGUGCUCCCCUUGCAGCUCGGGACCCCCUCUGUUGAAGGCUGGCCGGUCGGGGAGGGGGGCCCGUGAUGCGCGGGACCCUCACGCUUGCCGGAGUCACGGCUGCUCCAGCGAGCCCCCCCCUCCCCAGAGCAGGAACAGCCAAGCGGAAGAGAAUGAUUCAGACUCUGAGACCUUCUGAGACACAACGCAACACCUUUCCAUGUGCUUCAGUGCAGCCUGCCUGCCUGCCUGCCUGCCUCCUUCCCUGCACAGCCAAGAAAUGCUAAACAGAUCCGAAUUCUCAGCGCCUUGGGGGGGAGAGUGCAGGAAACUCCAGCACCCAGAGCUGGGAGCUGUGCUGGUCUCCAGCUGUUCAUGCUGGUCUCCAGCAGAGAGUGUGAAGUCCUGUCUUACUGGAUUGUUCUACAGCUCACUGGCUGAUGUCUGGGAAUCUAGUUGUUGUAAACCUGGGCAAUGUUUUUUUUUUUUAUUAUUUUUUAUAUAAACCAGUAUUGGGUCAGUUACCAACCAGAAAACAAUGAACCUGUUUUUCUCAGUUCUUCUGCUGUCAGUCACUGUCCUUGUGAGAUGAUUCCCAGGCCAAGCCCAGGACUCCAGUAUGUCAGUAGAAACAUGGCAGACGUCAUGCUCAACCCCCUCGUUUCAGGGGGGAUGGGAGAGGCCUGUCAUUGUAGUCUUCUACACAGUCACUGUACCUUCAAACUGCAGCAGGGAUAGCUCUGAAUGCAUCCAAAGCGCUCAUUUAAUUCAAUCAAAUGACCCUUAACUGCCAGCUCUCCCUCCGGCUGUUGCAUAUGCAACUGAAGUUCUGCCAAUCCUCAGGUCUGUAGGUGUUGUAUUUAUCUGGGAGAGUUGCUAGGAAAUAAGAUAAAAAGUGCUGUUUCACUCUUGGAGGCAGGCACAGUAUUGCAGCUUUCAGCAGCAUAGGCAUUGUCAGAGCGAUGCAGUGUUCUGUGAUAAACAUGCCACCACUGCUGCCUCCUGCAGUCUACUUGUGCUGUAAUUUAAAUGUUUUAAACCGAAAUCUAUUCCAGAACCCUGAACUAACCUCUGAAUUAGCAGUGCAGGGAGUGGACUGCAGGGGGCAGCAGAGACGCAGGCAUGGAGUCAGGCUGCAGCAGGGGUUGCAGUAAACGUAGUGGGACCAUGAGCUCCCCCCUGCACUCUGUGCCCUAAUAUUUAAAUGAUUUAUUACUGUUACAUAAUGGUACUAACGGAAUGCACAUGUGUAGGGUGUAGUUCCAGAGAGGUCCUGCCGGAAAGGGUGUCUGUCUCUCUUUUCCAGCAGGAAAGCUUUAGGGUGGGAGGGAUCAUGGUGUUUUGAAGCUGGCUAGCUCUGCCCAUGUGUUUUGAAGCUGGCUAGCUCUGCCCAUGUGUUUGAAGCUGGCUAGCUCUGCCCAUGUGUUUUGAAGCUGGCAAGCUCUGCCCAUGUGUUUUGAAGCUGGCAAGCUCUGCCCAUGUGUUUUGAAGCUGGCAAGCUCUGCCCAUGUGUUUUGAAGCUGGCUAGCUCUGCCCAUGUGUUUGAAGCUGGCUAGCUCUGCCCGUGUGUUUUGAAGCUGGCUAGCUCUGCCCGUGUGUUUUGAAGCUGGCUAGCUCUGCCCGUGUGUUUUGAAGCUGGCUAGCUCUGCCCGUGUGUUUUGAAGCUGGCUAGCUCUGCCCGUGUGUUUUGAAGCUGGCUAGCUCUGCCCGUGUGUUUUGAAGCUGGCUAGCUCUGCCCGUGUGUUUUGAAGCUGGCUAACUGACCAUGCGUUUUCUGCUCCAGUAGGGGACCCCUCGUCCACUGCGGUUUAGGAUCUGUUUGUGAAAGGGGGUCCCUCUGCAUGGAAUCAUACAGCUCCAACGGACACACCCGCACAACACCAUCUGCAGGAAAAGGACCGACACAGUGGGGAAGAAUCAUCUUUUUGAUUUUAGACUUUGUUCUUUUUGUUUGUCUUUUUUUUUUUUUUUUUUGUCUCUUAAUCAUUUAAAAUAAUAAUUUCUUUGAAACUUUGGACAAGUGCCACUAGACCACAUUCCUACUCUUCACACAAGGACCUUGUUUAACCUUGUGAAAUGGACCUGCUGGUGAAAUGGACGCCUUGUAGGGGGCUGUUGGAUGAGAGUGAACACUUAAUAAUGAAAAUGUGACUCUUAGUAUUUAAGACCAAGCAGAGAUGCCAGAGUAAGUUGCUGGGUAGAGUGUUGUUGCUUUUCUAUUGAAAUCCCAAAGCGUUUCCUUCUGAAUUCUGUAGCUGUUCUCCGGCUCUGGUACCAUGUAGUCUGGAUCGAUUCCCAGGACAGCCAGACUCAUCACUGAAAAUACCUUACUGUCAGUAAACAAGAUAUUUGUUUAUUGCUUUCAAUGCAAAUGUAACACACGUUUGAAAUCUUUAUUGAUUUUGCCAAUCUCCUUUGUGUUGGGAGUGAUAUGUUGUUGUCCGAGAGGGCAGCUUAGUCUCGGCAGCUCUGCACUCUGUGUGUGUGUGUGUGUGUGUGUGUGUGUGAGCGUGACUGGGUUCUGUGUCAAAGGUACGAUUUAUCAUUAUUUAUAUAAAGAAAUGUGUUCACUGAGGACGUCGGGACCACGUUGUCGUGGAAGGUUGUGUGAAUCCCUCAGUUACUCGCUCACUGGCUGGACGAGGGUGACAGUAUUCUUCUGGUGCUUCCUGUGUCUUGCCUGCAAUGGGGAUCACUCCGGUGUCACAAACCAAAAGAUUGACAUGCAUGUAAAAAGCAGCAAAAAAGCAAGGCUUAAAGCAUUUUUUCCCCUUUUAUUUUUUUACCUCUUCCCCCCCCCCCCCCUUUCUACUCUGUAGCAGCUAUUCCAUGUGUCACACCAUCAAGGUUUCAGCAGUGUUACAACUCCUGAUAGUUCCCUUCCAUUAGCGUGUCUGGAGCAAGGAGUGUUGGACUGCACUGUACUGUACUGCAGCCUCAAGUCUUUCCAACCUCAUCUACCAGGUCUUUCAGGUCUUUCAUUUUAUUAUUGUCUGAAAAGCUGCUUGGUUGUGUUUGCAGUGAAUUGACAAGGAUAUUCAGUGAGCGAUGGGAUUGAAACUAAUUCAACUUUGUUGAAAACUCCUGGCAGGGUAUAAAUCAGAUUAGGACCUGGAUGCAGCUUUUUAAUUAGUCAGCACUCAGAUAUCCGUUACCCAGAUAAACAUCGAUCAGGUUUUACUGCCCUCGUACUAAGAAUAAAAUCGAUCCAUAUAUAUAUAUAUAUAUAAACAAAUUAAUGCACUUGCCUGUCAAUCUCUUCAGUGUUACAAUUUAUUUGAAUAU